CAUGCCAGACAGGAGAGCGGCGUCCGCUUGCGAUGACACCGUCUCGGUCCUGGGACAGAGAGACACAAACAAACAAAUAAUUAAGAAGCCUCACGUUUCAGACUGGAUGGCAGUGUUGGAUAAAGAGAACAUGAAGACCUGAGCUAAGAGAUUUUUUUUUUUUUCCUCUCUCCUCCCUCUUUCAUUUCUCUCUUUACUGUCUGCCUCUAGCACCCUCCCUUCCCCCUUCCUGCUUCUCUCGCUGUGUUCACCCUCCCUCUCUCUCUCUCCCUCUUUUUCUCAGUGGCGGAAUGUAGCGGAGGACUGUGCGUGCGCUCGUUCACUCCGUGCUGCACGAACAGCAGCGGGACAUGGCUCGGAUGCUGCUCAAGCAGGAGAACGGAUUUAUACUCCCUGUGGAUUUGAUCGCUUGCUAAAUGCUGACCUUUGCUGCCUUUGCGGUCUUCUCCUGCUUGUUCUGAAGCGGUUGAAUUUGUUAUUUUGGCUCCAGCUUGUGGAACAGAUUUGGGUUGCUUUCCCCUUCCAUACAGAUGGUGUCUGUAGGAGGUUCAGCUCGAGGGAGGAUGCUGGGAAUCACUGCUGCUUGCUGGAGGGUCUGACUCCACGGGAUAUGCAGAGCUGAGUCAGCGAGUGCUAACGGGAGCCUAACAGGAGUCACAGAACGAGACAGUGACCAAGCUGUGAGAAAUGACAGAAAAACAGUGAGCCCUUCUGGAAACCGGCUAGCCCUCUGAGAAAUAUCUAAGGAACCACGAAAUUGAGGGAUUGUUUCUGACAGGUCAGACUGGCGCCUGAUCUGAAAGACAGGAUUUGAGGAGUGGUAACGCAAGAGUGUGCUGCUGCACCGGGCUCUGCCGAGCGCGUCCUCACAGACGCAUCCACUCUCUGCAAUCCUCCCUUCUUGCUCCACCCCUCCAUCCGGCAUCUCCCCUUUUUCCUCUGCCUAUUCAGUUUGUCCUUGGAAUCAGAGUCCUAUCUAAGCCCGUCUACUCUCACCUGCUUCUGGAACAGGACUAAACGGAUCGUCCCAUGUUGUAUUCUGCCAGCCCUUGUUUUUUGACCUCUGGAAUUCUACUGUGUGUUUGCGUGUGUGUGUGUGUGUGAGCUUGAGUGUGUGUGAUUGCAUUUGCGGCAUUGGGUGUAUGUGCUCUAAGGAGUGAUGGUUGUAUGUUGUCGGUGAGUAUUUGCAUCUGAGUGUGUGUUCUGCUGGGGUUUCUUGAUUUUUUUUUUUUUCUUCUUUUAUUAUCACCCAAUGUUCAACACCAUGAGCCAUCCUUCUGUGAUCCUCCUGUGCCUGCUGAGUGCCCGACCCUGGGGUUAACCCUCUCUAAACCCGGGGCAGGAUGAGCGAGACUUCUGGAGCUGUGACCACCUCAGGGGUGGUGAUCCUGGAGGAGCCUGAGGUUGCUGGGGCUUCUGGGGGACGUCAAGGUGGAGAGCGUGCUGGGGCUAUUAGGUGCGCCUUUUGGCCGAGACAGCAGACUUGGCUGUGUGUAGUUCCCCUCCUGAUUGGCUUUGUGGGACUUGGCCUUAGCCUCAUGCUGCUCAAAUGGAUCGUUGUGGGAUCUGUGCAGGACUAUGUACCCACAGACCUCGUGGAUGCGAAGGGUAUUGGCCAGGAUCCCAUUUUCUUAUCCAAGCCAAGUGCUCUGCCAAAGGGCCCAGACAGCACCACUUCCUCCACCACAACCACUACCACCACUGUAUCCUCGACCAUUUCCACAAUUACCACAGCAGUUAGGGGCAAAACUCGAACAGCAGCACCUCCAAAUCCCAACCCAAGGGACGGAGGUUCCUCUGGCAGCCAAGUGACCCAGAAGACCACCACCACUACAGCCUCUGGCACUGCCUCCCCUGGCCGGACGUCCAUCUCCAGCCCAACUUCAUCCAAACCAACCGUCCUCAAUGACUCAACCCGUGAGCACUCGACCACAGAGAGGCCGGUCAACACUCCAGCUCGGACCCACGUCAGCCGCAAGACACCGGCCCCGACCCUCCCGCCCUUGAAAUCGGAGCACUUCAAGCCGUGUCAGGAGAAAGACUUGGCCUAUUGCCUCAACGAUGGCGAGUGUUUUGUCAUCGAGACCUUAAGUGGCCCUCACAAGCACUGCAGGUGUAAAGAAGGCUUCCAAGGCAUCCGCUGUGACCAGUUCCUGCCCAAAACAGACUCCAUUCUGUCUGAUCCGACAGAUCACUUGGGGAUCGAGUUCAUGGAGAGCGAAGACGUUUACAAGAGACAAGUGCUGUCAAUCACGUGCAUCGCCAUGGGAAUCAGCUUUCUGGGCACACUCUGCAUGGCUCUGUACUGCCGGAACAAGAGACGCAGGGAAAAGCUCCAGGCGCAUCUGAAAGAGAGCCGAGGCCUGAAAAACUACGGCGUCAGCCAAGCGUGCAAAGCUCAACCUGGCCUCCAGCUGCACAAUCAGUAUUGCAAAAGCACAAGAUCUCCGCUACAUGGAGGCAGCGUCCAUGAAUCCACUUUUUCCCAGAGCUCUGCGAUGACUUCUUCCUAUAUGAGGGGUUUGACAACAACCCGACAUCACAGCUCGGUCUCAUGCAACGCCGAUCAGAAGAACCGGUCGGCCCUUCGCUUAUCAGCACGCAGGACUCCGCCCAUAACCGGAGGACGACUCAAUCCUAUUGCAGGCUCGAAGGAUUCUGGACCCGCCUACCAGCACCUGCAGGAAGCGGAAGGAUCUGAGAGGGAUGCAGAGCCGGAAAGAGUGAAUAUGAUGAAGCCCGAUGGCAGCCUGCACUGGGAUACUUUCCAAAGUAUGCAAGCCUCUCAACCCUCUCAACCGUGGGCGUCCCAGAGGAACCCGUGCUCCAGCUCGCCAGGAAAGAGAUCCCUUGCUCCAUAUCGGAUCCCGAUCAUCCCCUCUGUCCAUUCGCAUCAAGACGAGACCUCGUGUAUGCAGACGACUUCUGCGGAUGGAAUGAACCAGAGUUUACCGCGUCAAGGGGGUACAGGGGGUAGAGCGGACAACCUGUUAGGAAAUCCUCUCUGUGACAGAGUGGGCGAAAAGUGGAAGGAAGGGGCACGUGUACCAGAGGAGGCUCGGGAAAAGCUCAAAGCCAACACCAGCAUGAAGCAGGACGACUCCAUGUUCCUCAGUCCUCAUGCGGCGAAAGAGACGGUUUGUAUUCUUCUCGCAAAUGGAACUGGGCAUGGAGGCACAGCUCCUAGUGGACCAACAGAAACUCAGUUAUUGAACCCCAGAGACAUGCACAAGGACUCUACCCAACCUAGACAAUGAGAGGUUCUUCGUCACACGUCGUGUCUUGAGAACAAGGCUGCAGAGUGUUCUGCCAAAAUCAAUGAAUGGAAGCCAAUGGAAUAGUGAAAAUCAACACACUGAUGGCUUGAGAUAGUAAUUGGUUUGUUUUGUUUUUUUUUUGUUUUUUGGGGGUUGUUUUUUUUUGGUUUUUUUUUGAAAGAGUGACCGU